AUGUCGACUCCCAAAGAUGAGUUGUUGGAUGAAGAGUUCAAGAUAAUCAGCGACUUCUUGAAAUCCGCAUCGACAAUAUUUGCCAAUCUGCUGCGAGUUCAAGAUGAAGUGUGGAAGUGUCCCAAGGCCGACGAAUACUUCAAAGUCCAGAAGGAAAGCGCUAUUGUCGACGUGUCUGACGAACAAAAGAAAGGCUUCUACCUCAUGAUGACGAGAAUCGGUGACCAGCUUCAAAUGAAAGAGAAGUUAAUCCCUCCUGUCUCCAAGAGAAUGAACUUUGAUGUUCUUGACUUGUGCAUGGCACCCGGAGGCUUUACGGCGACGGUCCUGAAAAACAACCGUUUCGCACAAGUGUGUGCCAUCAGCCUACCCAGGAGCGAAGGUGGACUUGAAAUCUAUCUUCCAAAUUGGAAAGAGAAUAAACGUGUCAAAGUUGAGUUGGUGGAUCUUAACAUCCUUUCGACAGAGCUGGGGUUCCCCAACCUAGCCUCACAAGAUCACUCCUCUGCAUCCAAGUUUUCAAACAACAGACCAUUCCCAGGCCGGAAUUUCGACUUGAUCUUUUGUGACGGUCAUAUUCUCCCCUCGCUUUCUGCAGGAAAACAAGAGAUGGACCAGGCCCGUCGACUCUCAGACGCUCAGGUUGUCAUGGCAUUGCAGAGAAUUAAACCUGCUGGGACGUUGGUCAUGCUUUUGCACCACUCCUACAGCCCCCGAGUUUUGCGACUCCUUGAAGCUUUUUACAACUUCUCUCAGAUUACUAUUUUCAAGCCCCCGAAGGCUCAUGCCAGACGGACUUCGUUCUAUCUUGUGGCGAAGAACGUGGAACCUCAACAUGAAAGAGCGCGUCGUUUGAUUCGAGAGAUGAGACGUUCAUGGAGACUGCUUACCACCAAUAUUUUUGGCGUAAAGAUCCCAGAGAUCCCCAAUGAAGAGAAUGAUACGGAGGAGGCCAUGGAAGCCAUUCUGCAGUCAUUUGGAACAACAUUCAUUGCUCUCGCCGAACCAGCAUGGAAAAUUCAGACAGAGGCGAUGGAGAGUGCAUUCUUGGGGGGAAAGAAUUGA